AUGAAUUAACCCUCGGAUGAUUAAUCAUAUAAAACUAUUAAAUCAGCAAAGUCUAUGGCUUAAAUAGGAUAAACAGUUUCUGGAGAGUAUUCAUCAGAGAAGAAAAAGUAAAUAUAAUAAAAAAUUUACUUAAUUCUUAAUGAUUAUGAAUGUAAUAAGCUAGUAAGAAAAAUGAUUAUUGUAGGCAUUUUUCUUAUCAAUAUUAUCUAUAUUCAUAAUUUCCCUUGAUAUUAUAUUACUUAUAUUAGAAACUGAAAAGAAUUUAGGAAUUACAGACAUUUGGGUAACUGCUAAUUCAGGAGUGAGUGGUUACUUUUUAGUUGAAUAUAUAUUUAGAGUUGCAUCUUAUAAUGCUUUUGAUGAAACUUUGAUUGAAUUUUUUAAAAGUAAUUUUGUAACUAAUUAAGAACCUUUUAAUUUAGUUGAUAUUCUUGCAUUAGUAUACUCAAUAAUUGAAUAAAUUUUGUAUCUUAUAGAUCUAUGGGUUGAUCCUAGAAUAAAAGUAUUAAGAAUGCUUAUUGUUCUUCGUUUGAUUAGAAUAUUUAAAUUUUCAACUUUCUCUUUAGGAGUGAAGGUAUAUGAUUGAUAAAUAUAAUAGAUAUUAAUAAGAGGAUUAUCAGAAAGUAUGCAAGCACUCUCAUUAUUAUUAUUCUUUACAAUGAUAUGUAUUGAUUUAUUCUAACUACUGAGGUGUGAUAUUGAUAUCUAGUUUUAUGUACUUUGCAGAAAAAGAGUUUGUAGAAGAUAGUUAAAUCUAAAAUAUACCUUAAGCAAUAUGGUGGGCAAUCAUAACAAUAACAACAGUUGGAUAUGGAGAUUAUGUUCCUAAAUCUUUACUUGGUAAAUUUAUAGGUGUGUUGAGUCUAAUUUUUGGAGUAUUAUUACUUUCACUUCCUGUAGCAAUUAUUGGAAAUAAAUUCUAAGAGAUUUAUUUAUAAAAUAAGAAGGAAGAAACUAAAAGAGCAAGAAAGAAUGCAAAGGUUAAAUAAAUGAUCUAAAUAUUAGACUCAUUACAAUUAAAUUUAGAAUUAAAAUGAAAAAGAAAUCUAUAGAAUUAUUUUAAAAUUAAAUGAAUUAGAAUAAGUAAAUGAAAGAAUUGAAUAAUGUUUGAAAGAUAAUCAAUUUCUAUAUAGAAGUAUAUAUAAAUCAUAUUUAAUUAGGUAUUUCUAGAGAUGCAUAAAGUAUGAUAGAUAAAAUUGAAAUAAAUAGAGAAAAUGGUAAAAGUAAGAGUAAAUAGAAGGAAAGAUUAAGUACUUAAGAAAGAAUAAUAAAGAUUAGAGAAGAAAUUCUAAAUAGUAGAAAAAAUAAAUGA